UUUAAACAAGACAACAUGACCGGUUUUCCAGUCGUGGUGUGCCUCGUGCUGCAGAUGAUGAUGUCCCAUCAGGUCGUUCGUGUUGACGGUGCCUGGGAUGGAGGGACGAUGUUUGGCAUGGGUAUGACAAGCACACACUUCCAGCAGCCUCAUCAGCUCAAGCUGACCACGAUGUCGCAAGGAAAGUUUCUAAUUCUGGCCGCAUUGCUAGUUGGAAGCAACGCGUAUAGCAUCAACCCAGCAUUACUUUACGGAUUCCCAGGUGCAUAUAAUCCCUAUGGACCAGGAAAGAAAGGUUAUGAAGAACCCGCGCCUCUGAGGUUGACGUGCUCCGCCGUGUUCACGGUUGAAGACCCAAAGCUCGGCCGACUAGUGGAAGCCAUCGCGGCCAACUUCAAGGACAAAUCCGCUCUGAAUAUUGGGGCAGGUUAUCCGUAUAGUCCUCUCUACCAGACCGGUCUGGGUGCUGCUUUCGGCCAGAAUCCGUUUGGAGGAGCUGCGGGUAUUUCGGCGGAUAUCGAGGUGUACACGUCCCUGGGAGGUAAACCCCUCACUCUCAUGCUCACAGAACGAGGCUACUCAGGUGGAGGAUGCGUUGCCGAUAACUUUGGUGAAAGUCUGAUACCUGGGAACGACAAGAGAGUGACUCCAGCCGGAUACAGCUCUUUCUUUGCGGGAGGCUUGGGAUUGGGAGCUGGAGCUGGAGCUGGAGCUGGUAUGGAGCCACUGGGUAUGGAGCCUCUGGGUAUGGAGCCUCUGGGUAUGGAGCCACCGGGUACGGCAUUGCGGUCCUCAGCAGCUCUUACCAGGAAAGGCUGGCUACGGCCCAGCGGCACCAAUUCCUGGAGUUCUGGCAGAACUAAAUGUCAACCCAGGAACCCUGAAAGCCAUUAGCAUUGACCGCGUAGAUGGCUUUACUUCGCUACAGAACUGGCUGGCAGAGGCAUCAUUGGGUGCACUGAAGUGGACACAGAAUACGAUGGUCGUGCCAAGUGUGUUGGUGUCGUCCCCUUCUGCUGCUCCUUGUCUUACGACAACCAGAACCGCAUCCUGCAGCUGGCUUACUAAGUCCGACUGACUAGUGCACCUGCCCACUUCCAUGGCUGCAGCAGCCCCAUCACUCGAACGUGCAUCAGCAUCUCUCACCUCACAUCACCAGUGCAUCCAGAGACUUCCUCGCCUCUGGCCCCAGCUAUGGCUGCUUUCUGGAGUUCAGAACAAGGUCGUGUAAAAGACCUUCACCAAGUCCUUCACACAGGAGUUAGUUAAAUUUCUUUUUGAUUUCUUCUGAAACUACUCAGUUCUCAGUGUUGUUGUGAAUAAAACUUAAGUAACCUUAAAGACAGCCA